AUGUAUCGGCAAGUGGCCUUGCAUAAAGAUGACGUUUCCUAUCAGAGAAUCCUCUGGCGAGAGGAUAAGAGCCAACCUUUGAAGACCUUCGAUCUACUGACCAUAACAUAUGGUCUAGCAUCAUCCCCAUUUCUUGCUACCAUGCCACUGCGUCAACUAGCCAUUGAUGAACAAGAAAGCUAUCCAUUAGCUGCAAAGAUUGUGCAGAGAGCAUGCUAUAUGGACGAUAUUCUAACGGGAGCAAACACGUUGGAAGAAACUAUCCAGUUGAAGAACCAAGUCGUCAAACUACUCAAGAGAGGUUGUUUCAGUGUGCACAAAUUUGCUUCAAAUUGUAUCGAACUUCUGGCGGAUGUUCCUGAGGAGCAACGUGAAAGUGGCAUCGAAAUUGAAGAUCCAAGCAUCAACGUCAUUAUAAAAACGCUUGGUUUAACCGAACCUGCAACAACGAAAAGAGAAAUCCUGAGCCAAAUAGCAAAAAUCUUCGACCCGUUGGGCUUCGUGGGCCCGGCGGUUACUGCAGCUAAGCUGAUCCUGAGGGAGCUCUGGAAUCUGAAUCUUGACUGGGACCAACAGGUUCCGGAACAAAUUGGGCGAUUGUGGCGCGACUACUACAACCAACUGAAUUGUUUGAAUGGUGUUAGAUGGAUUCUCGGUGAACAAACAGCGGUUAUCGAGCUCCACGGAUUUGCGGACGCAUCGGAUUUGGCGUAUGGCGCCUGUCUCUACUCUCGUUUGAUACGUCACGAUGGAGUAGCCGAAAUGAAGCUGAUAUGUAGCAAAGCACGAAUUCUACCCCGCAAGACUGGCAAUCAUAAGCAAAUUACGACACCACGUGCCGAACUGAUGGCAGCUUAA